CAAAGUACAAGCUUCUAAAUCAUUCUUGAACUUGAAAUUCAGGGGAAGUUUGCUUAAUACCAUGAUAAUGUUCCAAAAGUGACAAACCUUUUUUGUUGUUGUAUUAAAACCAUUAGAAAAAUCAUAUUAUUCGCUUAAGAAUGGAAAAUAUAUUAUAGAAAACAAUCUCAGCAAAAGGACGACGCCAUUUUAAGACCGUGAACAUUAACUUAAUAUAGAGACAGUCAAGUCUUUUUUCUUUCCGCAAGUUAAAGAGACUGAGGGAAACCACAAUUAAAACAAUCCGUUUUCAGACCGAAAAAUAACAAUAACUCAUAGAGGUUUAGACUUUAAAUUUUUGAAUCGGAAAAUGGAUAUUUUUAAUUAUGUCUUAUAACUCUCUAGUCUGUAUAUUACUGCCCUUGUUGAAACACAAGACGUUUCAAAAAUGGGCCGGUCGUAAUUAUAGGUGACCCAGCUCCAUAUUAAAGAAUUGCAUGCUUAAUUACAACAGUACUCUUUAAACCAUUUGCUUAGUAACAAUGAGGAAGAUAUCGUCAUUUCUCCAUACAUGUGCUGCAUAAAUCCAGAAAAACCGGAAUUAAAAAUUACAAUUUAAAAAAUCAACGAUCAUUAUUUUAUCUUGAAUCUAGCCUGUUACCUUUACAAUGGAGGGCAACUUGAGUUUAGGUUGUCAGUUUAUUAAACAUGGAUGCUUAUAUAAAUAGAUAAUGGAGAUUGCAAUUAUUGGAGCUGGAGCUGGAGGUCUCUGUGCUGCCCGGCAUGCAUCAGCUUCUUACAGAUGCAAACCAACAGUAUUUGAGAAGUCUGAUAGAAUUGGAGGUGUGUGGGUGUAUAAUCCAAAAACGGGGAAAGAUGAAAAGGGUGAAAGGAUAGUAUCAAGCAUGUAUAGAGACCUGAAAACUAAUCUUCCAAAGGAGAUUAUGUGUUAUCCAGAUGUUCCAAUGAAGAGCUCAAUUAAAGAUUCAUUUAUUCAUCAUUCUCAGGUUUUAGAAUAUCUAGAGGAGUUUGCAGAACAGUUUGAUUUAAAGAAAUAUAUCAAAUUCAACACCAAGGUUGUGAACAUACAGCCAACUGAUCCCAAGGAAACUGAAGAAAACAAUAAUGAAACAUGGAACGGAGUCGAGAAUGGUGAUCAUGUGAUUGCAAAAGAGAAUUCAGGUUCUAUUUGUCAAGUUGAAAAGAAGAAAUGGAAAAUUAAAUAUUUUAACUCGGAGAGCAAUAAAACACAGUUUGAUUACUUUGAUGCUGUAAUAGUGUGUACUGGCACAUACGCAGAACCUUACUAUCCUGAUAUACCAGGUACACCUUACUAUCCUGAUAUACCAGGUAUUGAAACAUUCCAAGGAAAGGUUAUUCAUAGCAGUGAUUAUAGAUAUGCUUCAACAUUCAGGAAUGAGGAAGUUGUCAUUCUUGGGGCAUCUUUUAGUGGAGCUGAUAUUGGAUUAGAUCUUGUUAAAUCAGCUUCAAAGUGGAAUAGCUAGAUGUUCAGGAGCUAAUACAUUUACUUUAUUAGAUGGAACUUCAGUAGAAGCCACCUGUCUACUCCUUGCUACAGGAUUUGAUUACAGUUUUCCAUUUCUUUCUCCUGACUGUGGUUUAACGGUGAAGAAUCGUGAGAUCAGUCCCCUGUACAAGCAUGUUAUAAACAUAGAGCAUCCAACCAUGGCUAUUUUAGGAAUUCUGACCCAUGUCAUUCUCUUCCCCCAAGUGGACCGCCAGGUCCAGUUUUUUCUUAAAUCCCUGAAUGACGAUCUACUAUUGCC